AUGUCGACUGACAAGAUCACCUUCCUGACCAACUGGGCUGCGACCCCGUACCACGCUCCGCUGUACCUUGCCCAGUCCAAGGGCUACUUCAAGGAGGAAGGGAUCAAGGUGGCUCUCCUCGAACCCAAUGAUCCCAGCGAUGUCACCGAAAUUAUCGGCAGCGGAAAGGUCGACUUAGGUUUCAAAGCUAUGAUCCAUACCCUGGCCGCCAAGGCUCGCGGCUUCCCCGUCACGUCGAUUGGCAGUCUUUUGGACGAGCCGUUUACUGGCGUCGUCUACUUGAAGUCAUCGGGUAUCACGACCGACUUCCGCACUCUCAAGGGCAAGCGGAUUGGCUACGUGGGCGAGUUUGGCAAGAUCCAGAUAGACGAGCUCACGUCGCACUACGGCAUGACCCCAUCUGACUACACGGCCGUACGCUGCGGCAUGAACGUCUCCAAGGCUAUCAUCAAGGGCGAGAUCGACGCCGGCAUCGGCCUGGAGAACGUGCAGAUGGUCGAGCUAGAGGAGUGGCUGGCCGCCGAGGGCCGUCCCAAGUCGGAUGUGCAGAUGCUGCGCAUUGACGAGCUGGCCGAGCUGGGAUGCUGCUGCUUCUGCACGAUCCUCUACAUUGGCAACGACAAGUUCGUGGCGGAGAACCCCGACAAGGUCCAAGCCUUCCUCCGGGCCGUCAAGAAGGCUACAGACUAUGUCAUUACCCAGCCGGAGAAGGCGUGGGAGGAGUAUGUUGACUUCAAGCCCAUCAUGGGCACGGAGCUCAACCGCAAGAUCUUCGAACGUAGCUAUGCGUACUUCUCGCGAGACUUGCAAAACGUCCGCCGGGACUGGGAGAAGGUGACCAAGUAUGGCAAGAGGCUGGGCGUGCUGGACGCCAGCUUCGAGCCCAACUACACCAAUCAGUUCUUGGAAUGGGCUUUGGACGAGGAGAGUGAGGAUCCUACGGGUGAUCAGAAGAAGAUGGCCGAGCUGCAGAAGGAUGUCGCAGCCAACGGAGGAUUCUGUCGGCUCAAGGCUCGCCAGCCCCUUGUGCGAGCAUGA